AUGUCAGAUACACAACACGGUAACCCUUCCUUGGUUCUCAACAAGAUCGAUGAUUUGUCAUUUGAAGACUUGUCAAUUCCUCAAAUUACAGAACCAACUGAUGUUAUAGUUGAAAUUAAAAAGACUGGUAUUUGCGGGUCAGAUAUUCACUACUAUGCGCAUGGUAAAAUUGGGCAAUUUGUAUUGAGAAAACCAAUGGUUAUGGGCCACGAGUCCUCUGGUGUGGUUAGCAAAAUAGGUUCAGGUGUCAAGCAUUUAAAGGUCGGGGACAGAGUUGCAAUCGAGCCUGGUGUUCCAUCAAGAUACAGUGAGGCAUACAAGUCCGGUAAGUAUGAGUUGUGCCCAUGUAUGAGCUUCGCUGCUACCCCACCAACUAAUCCCGAUGAUGAAAGUGCUCAAGGGACCUUGUGCAAGUACUACAAAGCACCUUCUGAUUUUCUUUACAAAUUACCAGAAAGUGUUAGUUUGGAAUUGGGUGCCAUGGUUGAACCAUUGAGUGUUGGAGUACACGCUAUUAGAUUGGUGAACUUGUCUUUUGGAGAAAAUGUUGUUGUUUUUGGUGCUGGACCUGUUGGAUUGUUGGCUGCAUCUGCAGCUAAAGUUUACGGAGCACAAAAUGUUAUGGUUGUUGAUAUCUUUGAUGACAAGUUGAAAUUGGCCAAGGAAAUCGGCGCAGCCACUCACGUCUUUAAUUCAAAGACUGGUGAUUACAAAGAUUUGAUUAAAGCGUUUGGUGAUGUUAGACCUGAUGUUGUUUUGGAGUGCAGUGGCGCUGCUCCUUGUAUCAAGUUGGCGGUUCAAGUAGUCAGAGAUGGAGGAAAAAUUGCUCAGAUUGGUAAUGCUGGUGGCGAUGUUCCAUUUCCCAUCAUUGAGUUUGCUACUAGAGAGAUUACUUUGUUUGGUAGUUUUAGAUACGGUUAUGGUGAUUAUGCAACUGCUAUCAAGAUUUUGGAGCAAAACUAUGGUCGUGGUAAAGACCACAUCUUGGUUGAUUUUGAAAAGUUGAUUACCAACAGGUUCCCAUUUGAUGAAGCUAUUAAGGCUUAUGACACAGUGAGAGAAGGGAAGGGUACAGUAAAGUGUAUAAUUGAUGGACCAAAGUAG